AUGCCUCUCGAGAAGAAAACCAACCAAGAUUCCGGCGUAACAGGCGCCGCAAAGUUCGUAACCAGCACCGUGGGUAACGUCGCCGGAGGCGUAGGCCGAACAGCAGGCGGCGUAGUCGGUGCCGCAACCCGCGGGCUCGGCGACACUAUCACAAGCGCGACGGGAUCAGCCGGCAAGCCCGUCGGCGACGCGCUAAGCUCCGUUGGAACCGGCGUCCAGGAUGGUGCCGAGAGCGUGUCCAAGGGAGUCGAGAACGCUGGCCAGUGGAAGCGAUGA